AAGAGCAGUUCGUUGCUUGGAGCAGGAUAUUACAUGAGCGUUCGAGGAGAGACAGAGACACAUACAUACAAGGAGGUUCCAACACAGGGAGAUGACUUUGUACCUUAUCACAGAUAUCUGAAGAGGAUUUGCUGUGAGGACUUACUGCGGGGUUCAAUCAUAGAAGACUUUGAAUAGCGUGAUCAAAGGACAUCACCCAAGACCAAACUACAGCCGUCAACGGAUCCUUCAUCUGUGUGACAACAGCAUGGCCACAGACAAGAAAGUUACCGGAAGGUUAAUCCUAGCAGUGAGCACUGCAGUGCUUGGGUCAGUCCAGUUUGGUUACAACACUGGUGUCAUCAAUGCUCCCCAAAAGGUUAUUGAAGGGUUUAUUAAUCAUACCUGGACGCAACGUUACAAUGAACCUGUUGAAGCAUCAAUGCUCACCACAAUUUGGUCUCUGGCUGUUGCUAUUUUCUCAGUGGGUGGUAUGAUUGGAUCAUUUUCAGUAGGACUGUUCGUCAACCGAUUUGGAAGGCGAAAUUCCAUGUUGAUGAUCAAUGCCCUUGCGUUCAUCGCUGCCGCUCUCAUGGGAUUCUCUAAACUGGCCAGCUCAUUUGAAAUGCUUAUACUGGGACGGCUCAUUAUUGGCAUUUACUGUGGUUUAACCACAGGUUUUGUUCCCAUGUAUGUCGGGGAGAUCUCUCCCACGGCUUUGAGAGGAGCCCUCGGUACUCUACAUCAGCUGGGAAUUGUCAUUGGAAUUCUCAUUGCACAGAUUUUUGGGUUGGACUCUAUCAUGGGAAAUGAGUCCCUCUGGCCAUUGCUACUUGGGUUCCUGUUCCUGCCGGCACUCUUACAGUGUAUUGUUCUACCUUUCUGUCCAAAAAGCCCACGCUUCCUGCUCAUCAACAAGAAUGAAGAAAGCAAGGCAAAGAACGUUCUGAAGAAGCUCCGUGGGACAACAGAUGUGAGCAGUGACCUGCAGGAGAUGAAGGAAGAGAGCCGGCAGAUGAUGCGAGAGAAGAAGGUCACAAUUCCUGAACUGUUCCGCUCACCAAUAUAUCGCCAGCCCAUUGUCAUUGCAAUUGUGUUGCAAUUGUCCCAGCAGUUGUCUGGUAUCAAUGCGAUUUUCUAUUACUCGACAAGUAUUUUUGAGAAAGCUGGUGUUGAGCAGCCUGUCUAUGCCACCAUUGGGUCCGGUGUGGUGAACACAGCUUUCACUGUUGUAUCACUGUUUGUGGUGGAGCGUGCUGGACGACGCACACUGCACCUGAUUGGCCUGGCAGGUAUGGCCAUCUGUGCAAUCCUGAUGACCAUUGCACUCGUCCUUCUGGACCAGCUGACUUGGAUGAGCUAUAUCAGCAUUAUCGCUACUUUUGGUUUUGUGGCCUUCUUUGAGGUUGGACCUGGCCCAAUACCGUGGUUUAUUGUCGCUGAGUUGUUCAGUCAAGGACCGAGACCAGCUGCUAUUGCUGUCUCUGGUUUGUGUAACUGGACAGCAAAUUUCAUUGUUGGCAUGUGUUUCCAGUAUGUCGAGUUACUCUGCGGACCUUACGUUUUCAUCAUCUUCACUGUGCUGUUGGUUCUGUUUUUCAUAUUCACCUAUUUCAAAGUCCCCGAGACCAAGGGAAGGACAUUUGAUGAGAUUGCCUCUGGUUUCCGCCGGGGUGUGGGGGCUAACUCACCAGAGAAGCAUGGCCCAGAGGAACUCAACAGCCUGGGAGCAGACUCUCAGGUUUAAGUGGGAGCAGUGUUGGAGCAGCCAAAUAGGAGCCAACGGGACUAGCUUAUGCCCACACUACUGACAAAAUAUGUAACAGGGUGGAGUGUCUGGCCUGUCAGCAGAUUCCUGUCAUUGUGUAGGAACCAAGCUCUGAUUGCUUACCAGUACACAUCUCCAUUUGUGUAAAAUGUUAUGGUCAGUAAGCAGAACUAACUUUUUGAAUAUCUUAUGUGUUGACUGACAUGAUUAUUAAUUAGUGUUUCAAAGCUUUCCAUGUAUAGCAUUAAAUAUUUAUAUGUUGAAUAUGUUCAUAGUGUUUAUAGGAAAUAAAUUAUAGAGGUAAAGUUAAUGUAAAUAUAAUGAGCUAUGUGUCACAUGUAAUGUAUAAAUGUAGAAUGUGGUCUAGUUUCUCUAGUCAUGGCUAGCUGUAAAUGAUUAGAAUUACUUUUUGUACACUUUGCAUUGUAGAAAGCUGCUCUCGGUUCACCAGGUCAGCCCUUAAUAUUUUUUAAUAAAAAAGUUUUUGUCAUUA